GAGGAGGUUCCAGGAGGUCUGACGCAGGAGCCCUGGAGGGAUUCCUAAUUGGGCCCCUGAGUUUUGUUUUCGCGGCCAGGUGGCUGACAGCUCGGAAGGGAAAGUGAAACCGAACUUGUGUGCCUAGAAGGAAGAGUUUCAGUUUCCAGCUUUGAGGUCUCUGACUCCGCCCAUCGUGUGCCCAGCUGUUAUAAAGGGGCCGGUUCUUGGUACAGGUGAGCCGGCAGGGAGAAAGAGAGGAGCAGCCCGGGAACACUUGCCUUGCCUUGCCUCACCGAGACUUGCAGCCAUGAGUCUGCCUCUGAAGGUGAAGAUGAUAACUGGGAAGGAGUACACAGUGAAUGCACAAAUCAACAUGACAGUCUUAAAUCUGAAGAAAAAGAUUGCUGCAGUGGUCAAAGUACCAGCCUUCACACAGAAGCUGGCCACAGUAGGUGGGGAACUCUUGCUGAACUGGAACCUCCUCUCCCAGCACAAGCUGAAGGCUGGAGAUGUUCUGCUUCUAGUAGUUGAGGAAGACCAGUCCAUGGACAUCCUAGUGCGGAAUAACAACCAGAUCAACUCCUACAGAAUCCAGCUGAGCCAGACGGUGGCCCAGCUCAAGAAGAUGCUGCAGGAGAAGGAAGGGGUCAGCGUGAGCCAGUUCUGGCUCAGCUUUGAUGGGAAGCCCAUGGAAGACAACGAGUACUUGGGAGACUAUGGCCUCAGCCCCCUGUGCACCAUCCAAAUGAGUCUUCGGCUUCGGGGAGGGGUUUGAGAGGAAAGACCCUGGGUGGGUGAAGCCCCAAGAGAAUGCCAUUCUCUUGCCUCUUUGAUCAGAGAUUUCUCUGACUCUGGGACUGGGAUAGAGGAAGGCUCUGCUGCUCCCCUACUGUCCAGCCCUUCCCUACUCCCCUGGCUCUUGAUUCCUGUCCUGGGUCCUGACCUUUUCCCUGGCAAGCUGCCUGCCUUCUUGUCUGGCUCUAGCUGUAAAGAAUGACUGUCAAUAAAGGAGAAAACCUGCUUCUUGCA